GGGUGGGGGGUGGGGUCUGUCCCCCGGCACCGCCGCCCCGCGCCCUGGAGACUGAGGAUCCUGCCUUGUGCGCGCACCGGGCUCACCAUGGCGCGCUGGGCGGUCCUCGCGCUGCUGCUGAUCGGCCUCCUGGACGCUCGGGUGUCCGGCCAAGGCGAUUUCGACUUAGCGGAUGCCUUUGAUGACGGCCCCAAGAAGCCCACACCUACGCCAAAGAAACCCAGUUCUGGUGAUGACUUAAGUUUAGAAGAUGCCCUGGGUGGUGGGGGACACAGUGACCCAGGAAUUCCUGCUCCCCCGAGACCCAAACCGAAUCCGAACCCAAAGCAGCCAGAAACCUCAGGUGGAUUUUCAGAUUCCGACCUCCUGGACGGGACCUCAGGGGGAGCCGGAGCUGGAGGUGGAACUGGAGGUGCAGGUGGCGGCGGGGACGGGGACGGCGCCGGUGGGGGAGGCGGCAGCCCGCGGCAUGAGGGCGACGGGCAGGCCGAGCCCCAGGGGGUGAUCCCCGGCAUCAUCGGGGCCGUGGUGGUGGCCGUGGCCGGGGCCGUUUCCAGCUUCAUCGCCUACCAGAAGAAGAAGCUCUGCUUCAAGGACAACGCUGAGCAAGGUGACAUCAACUUGGAGAACCAUCGCAGCAUCAACGCGGAGCCACCAGUGCAACAGACGCUCCUGGCGAAAUAGAAUAUCGGGGGUAAAACAACAACAACAACAAAAACAACCCCCCCAGUGUGUUCGCAGCAGGACUGCAGGGCGUCCCUGCUGUAGCUCCAACGAAUCCCUGCGAGUGGGCGGGGCCUGCUACACCUGGGCCAGCCCUGGCGGGACCCACCUCACCUGGAUCAGCCUCACCCGGCCCGGCCCGGCCCGGCCCGGCCCUGCCAGGAGCCGCCACACCCGCCUGGGACCGGCCCGGCCUCGCCCUGCCUUUGCUCCAGUUGGAUUCUUGCUCUUCGUCUUGUUUGCACUUGGCCGGCCGGAGGGUCAGGCGGUGCGGACCUAACCAUUGAGCUUCCCGAGCCCCGAGGAACAUUGCUCUCGCCUCCCUCCUCCUCCAGGGCACGCCCCCCACCCCCCCCGCGAGGGGUCCCCACGCGAGAUGGAAACGCGCGUCCGUCACACGCUCCCCCCGCCCCCGCCAUUCGGAUUCCCGGAAUUUGUGUACAUGUGUCAGCGUGUCCGCGGGGCCACGUCUGGGUGUGCCCGGCGGCUGGCAAAUUUCACCAAAAAAAACCCCCCAAAAACGGAGGGAGGGAGCCUUCCAUCCUUUCGUCGAAGCGGUGUUCGUGCCUGAGGAUGUAUUUAAUUCUAUUUUUGUUUUUUUACAUCCUAAUAAAAAGGGGUGAGAAGCCACACGCUUUUAAAUUUU